CAUAAAUGGCAACCUUCUAAGCAGCUGUUGCUAUGUACUAGAAAAUCCCUACCGCCUUAUAGUAUGCACGUGGUGGUGCGGCGCUUAAACAAAUUUUUUUAUUAUAAAAGAAAUAUAUUGAAUUAAAGCCCUUGCACUGGUAUAUUAUCAAGAUGUCAUCGUCAUUUUUUUUAAAAGCAGGCGCCAAAGCCAACAAAAAACGGAAGAAUCCCGCAGCCACCAAAGGUAAAGGCGUCAAAACAGCAGCAAAAGCGGGGAAAGGUUUCCAGAACGCUCGUUCGGAAGGGCCAGUGCCGAAGAAGCAACGGCGUCCCAAAGAAAAGGAUGAGGAAAUCGCAAGUGAAGACGAGGAGUACAACAGUGACCUCGGCGACGGAGGCCACAAUGCUUUGGCGUUCUCUUCCGACGAGGGCGAGGAGGAGACUGCACAGGACAAACGUCUGCGCCUCGCCAAGCAGUAUCUGUCGGAGAUUGAGAAGCAGGAGUCGGAACGUGCCGAAGAUCGGGAGCUGGGCCAGAGUGUCGAGCAGCGGCUACAGACUGACUACUUGGAUAGUGUGGGGAAGCUGCGACGGAACAUCGCUGGCAGCCUGAAAACCAAUGAAGCGACAAGUGUUCUCAAGCACAAGCUCCACCACACGCCAAUCUGUGCCCUGGCGAUCAGUCCAGACGGCAAAUUCCUCUAUGCGGGAGCCAAAUCUCAGUUUGUCCUGAAAUGGUCCACGCAGAGUGGAAAGGUCGAGGACAAAUGUGAUGUUUCACCACACCGAGAAGAGCCCGAGACUGGCAAGAAGAGACGCUCCCAUGUCAUAGCCAUCUGUCUGUCCACGGACAUGAAGUACAUGGCCCUGGCUGAAGGCGGACCGCAUAUUCAAAUCUGGUGCCCACAAACGAUGAAGCAUGUAAAGACACUUAAGGGUCACAGAGAUAGCGUAGCAGGCCUGGUCUUCCGUAAAGGAACACACGACUUGUACUCGGCAGCAAAGGAUCGCUCAGUAAAGAUUUGGUCACUGGACGAGAUGGCCUAUGUGGAGAGUUUAUUUGGUCAUCAAACUGCAGUCACCAGCAUCGAUGCGCUGAGUCGAGAGCGGGCGAUUACCGCAGGCGGUUCGGAUUGUUCCCUGCGAAUAUGGAAAAUUACAGAAGAAUCGCAGCUGAUAUACAAUGGACACAGAGACAGCAUUGAAUGUGUAAAACUAAUGAACGAUGAGCACUUUGUGUCCGGUGGAAUGGACGGUGCAAUCAGCUUGUGGAGCGCCCUAAAGAAGAAACCCAUUUGUACCACACAGCUGGCCCAUGGUGUGGGAGAAAACGGAGUCGCCAACUGGAUAACAGCCAUUGCUGUGGUGGUCAAUACGGAUUUAGUGGCAACGGGCUCCUGUGAUGGCUUUGUGAAACUCUGGCAAACGAAUCCUAAUGCCCGCAAGUUGCAACAGAUUCAAAGCAUACCCAUAGUUGGCUUCGUUAACGGCCUCAUUUUUAAUGCCGAAGGCACUAAACUCUAUGUGGGCGUCGGGCAGGAGCAUCGACUGGGUCGUUGGUGGCGGCACAAAGAGGCCAAGAAUAAUGUAGUUGUAGUGGAUAUAGUGUUACAAAGUGCGGCCGGCAAGUAGGUUACUUUCUAAGUUUAAGUAAAGUUGUAUAGUCUAUACGAGUAUAUCAAAAAUCGGCCUGAAAAUAAAAUGCAAAUUCGGCUAUUGAUGUGACCGACAAAUUA